UGCGGCUACAACAGUCGACUGUUUAUCCGCUCUUCAUAACACAACACGGGGUUCGCCACACGCGGUUUAACGGGCUCAUUUAGCAUGCUAGCAGCGACUAGCCGACAGUUAGCGAACUGCUGUGUUGCUGUUAAGUUCUCCAGCUGAUGGAGGAGAAGUUGUUUAAUGUCGGUUUCAGUCUGUUAACGGUUAUAAAACCAACGACAAGUUCAGUGUGAUGUUGUCGCUUAAAUAAUAACGAGUGUUUUCACACGUCGCAGCUGGUUGAAGAGAUUUUUUUCUUCCUUUUUUAAAAGUUUGAUGCACCUGUCGUGAGCUGAACCUGCUGUCAGCUGCCGACACAGUACAGCUCUGUUUAACACAUACAUUGAGAAUAUAUUCGAUAUGAGGGCCAACAGGUGUAUUUAUUGAUGAGUUUCUACAUGUCGUGUCAUCCCCUCCCCGCUGAGCCGCUCAGUUUCGCUUCCUGGUUUCUCAGGUGAGCUCACAGGUGAGCUGCCGCACACAAUCACAGCCUUGAGCGUCGGUGAGAGCUUCAGCUCGAUUGAUCCAGAGAGGGACGACGAUGUAUGAAAAUGUCCCAACAGUGUCCUCAGGGGAGCGUCAGCAGGCACUGGGAGCUCUGGAGCGUCUGCAGACCAAACUGGCCCAGAGGGAAGAGUGGACCCACAGUGAAAUCAUGGGGAACCUGAGGGAGACCCUGCAGAGUCCUCUGUUCACCCACAUCCUGACCCUGCAGCACUCCAUCAAACAGCUCCGCAACCAGUUGAGCAGUAUGCCUCCUGACGCCAGCAGCGACUUCAGUUUCUCUAAAAAGGGUCAGCUGAUCAUGAGCGCCAUUAAUCCAUCCAGCAGCUCGGCCCCGCCCAACCUGUCUGCCUCCUCCUCCAUCCUGACCAAUGGCUCGUCUCCGCCCAUCCAUCAGACUCCGCCCUCAUCCGACCUGCUGCAGAAAUGGAUCCUCGCCGCCUCCAAGGGCCGACACACAGAGGCGGUCCGUCUGACCCGGCCUCUCUCUGGCGGUCUGGGCUUCAGCGUGGUCGGUCUGAAUCCAGAAGGAACCAGCAGUCAGGGCGUCUUCGUCAAACACGUCCAGCCCGGAGGCAUCGCACACAGGGACGGGCGUCUCCAGGAGAGGGACCAGAUCCUGGUGAUCAACGGCAGCCCUCUGGAGCCGGGGAUCAGCCAGCAGCAGGCCCUCACCCUCCUGCAGCAGCCCGGGGAGACGGUGGAGCUGGUGGUGGCCAGGGACCGCCCACUCAACGCAUCAUCACAGCCUGCCGCCGCCAUCAGCACGGAUCAGUGGGGUCACCUGGAGGAGAUCGAGCUGGUGAACGACGGCUCUGGUUUGGGCUUCGGCAUCGUUGGAGGGAAAACGACGGGCGUGGUGGUCAGGACGCUCGUCCGGAACAGCGUCGCUGACAAGGACGGACGUCUCCGUACAGGUGACCACAUCCUUCGCAUCGGGGCGACGCCCACCAGCGGCCUCACCAGUGACCAGGUGGUCAAGGUGCUGCAGGGCUGUGGCAGUCGUGUGACCAUGCUAAUCGCCAGGGACCCCCGGGGUCAGAGGUCAACAGCCCCGCCUCCCCCACCCCCUCCAGACUCCGCCCCCGUCGUCUCCGUACCCCCCCGACCCCCGGACCUGCCCCAGCGCCGGCCCAGCAGGACGGUCAGAAUAACAAAUAUUAAUCCAUACAUAAUGCCCAACCUGGAGGGAUACGAGAUCCACGAGGUUCCUCUCAUCAAGAAGGACGGGCAGAGCCUCGGCAUCUCCAUCGUCGGCUACAACCCUCUGACCAGCCAAGAUGCAGUCGGUGUGUUUGUGAAACAUGUGGUACCGGGCAGCGCCGCAGAUCAGAGCGGAAACAUCCGGAUCCACGACCGACUGAUCGCUUUGGAUGGUGUCAGUCUUCACGGUCUGACCAACCAGGAGGUUCUGGAGGUGAUGAAGAGGACGGGUCAGACUGUCGUACUCUCUGUAGUCAGGAAGAAACCCAGAGGCCUGGAGAGAUCCCUGGAUAAAGUGGAGAGGGGGGAGUCUCGUGUGUCAUUGAGGAGAUCGUUGGAGGUCAAGGCUCGCUCGUCUGGGUUUGGUUUGACGACGCCAAUAACAGCGUACUCCAACGCAGCACAGCUAACAAGGGCCACAGACGCAGAACUUAGAGCUAAAUGGGAGGCGGCUCUGGGACCACAGUACCAAGUUCUGGUGGUGAACUUGGAUCCCGUCAUUGAAGACGAUGCAGAGCUGCAGAAAUCCUCUAAGCUGCUGCCCGUCCACAUGCUGCGUCUCGGCGUGGAGCUGGACUCGUUCGAUGGUCACCACUACAUCUCCUCUGUGGCCCCUGGAGGCCCCGUGGAGAAACAUGGAGUCUUGAGACCAGAGGAUGAACUCCUGGAGGUCAAUGAUGUUCAGCUCUACGGGAAAUCUCGGAGGGAAGUUGUGUCAUUCCUCAAAGAAGUUCCUCCUCCGUUCACUCUGGUCUGCUGUCGACACCCGACCUCUGACCUGGAACCAGGACUGGACUCUGAGUCUGAACCAGAAACUGAAUCAGCACGGGGACCUGGACCUGGACCUGGACCUGGACCUGGACCUGGACCUGGACCUGGACCAGUAAGACAGUCACAACCCAGUGUGGAGGAGAUCGAGAUGAAGCUGUCGUCGAUGCUCUGCAGUCACACAGAACUGAGAGACAACGUCACCGAACAGCAGCAGCUCGCUGUCAGACAGGUUUCCCCGGUUCAGGAGGUGCUGAUGGAGGUGAGGACUCAACACGGCCAGGAGGAAGAGGAGGAGGAGGAAGAAGAGGAAGAGGAGGAUGAAGAUGAAGGCGAGCUGGCCAUGUGGUCUCCAGACGUUCAGGUGUUGGAGCUGCAGAAGGAGAGAGACAAAGGCCUCGGCUUCAGCAUCCUGGACUACCAGGACCCGUUGGACCCCGGUCGCUGUGUGAUGGUGAUCCGUUCCCUGGUUCCUGGCGGUUCUGCAGAGCGUCACGGCGGUUUACUUCCCGGAGACCAGCUGGUGUCGGUCAACCACACUCAGGUGGACCCGCUGACCCUGUCCGAGGCCGUGGAGGUCCUAAAGUCCGUCCCGCCUGGAACCGUCCGCCUCGGCAUCCGCAAACCUCUGGUGGUGGAGGAGAGGAGGAGGGAGGACAGCAGCCACCUGUCCAUCAGCAACACACAGCUACCUGUGCCAAAGGGGUUUGGUGACGGCUCCAUUCUGCCAGAAGACCUGCGACAAGAGGAGGAGGAGGAAGAAGAAGAAGAGGAGGAGGAAGAGGAGGAGGAGCCAGAGCUGAUCCUGGAUGGAGGUCUGCCUCGCUACACCUCCGUCUCUCUGUCCUCUGACCUCCUGCCUGUUGAGGAGGGCAGGGAGAUGGCUGUGGACGAGGAGGUGGAGGUAGGGAAGGAGGACGAGGUGAGGAUGCAGGAGAGCUCCGGCUCUCUCCCCAGGAAACCUCCUCCGUCCUGGGAGGAGUGGAAGAUGAUGUCGUCCAGCCUGUCUCGAGGAGCAGAGGAGACGUGGAGGAGAGAGCAGGAGGAGGACGACCUGCACAGAUCGGACCAUGAGAGCAUCGUGUCUGCAGGAAACCUGGUUCUGGACUCCAGAGACAGUGAAGCAGAUUCUGAGCUCACUCUGACCGACACCGACACAGAGUCCGUCAGGAUGAUUGACACACAGAGGAGGAAGAGGCGGAGCCAGGGAGGAGCCUCUCUACCAAUCAGAGGAGGUGAUCUUCCUGAAAGAGAGGAGGGGGAGGGAGAGGAAACACCUGCCUUCAGUCACUGGGGACCACCCCGCAGGGUGGAGGUGUGGCCUGAGGAGGGUCAGUCUUUGGGUCUGAGCAUCGUGGGAGGUCGACACGUCAUCAAGCGUCUGAGGAACGGAGAGGAACUGAAGGGAAUCUUCAUCAAACAGGUUUUACCCAACAGUCCUGCAGCCAAGACUCAGUGUCUGAAGACCGGAGACAAGAUCCUGGAGGUGUCAGGUGUUGACCUGCAUGCUGCCAGUCAUGAGGAGGCGGUCAGUGCCAUCAAAUCAGCUCCAAGUCCCGUCGUCUUCAUCGUCCAGAGCCUGUCAGCUACUCCACGGCCUGUGUCUGUAACAGCUGCCAGCUACAGUAAACACAGAGCGACCAGGACAGAGUCCCGGACUCCAGCCCCGCCCCCUCCGAGACUCCCCCCGCCCUACAGACCUCCCAACCAAUCAGAUCAGGAGCUGAACUCCGACCUGGAGCAGGCCAAAGAGCGUUGGUGUGAGCGUUAUGGAGAUCUUCGGGGGGAGCUGCUGUGCGUGGAGCUGGAGAAGGAGCGGCAGGGUUUGGGUCUCAGCCUGGCGGGAAACAGAGAUCGUUCCCGUCUCAGCAUCUUCGUGGUGGGACUCCACCCGGGAGGGCCGGCUGCCCGGGACGGACGCAUCCAGGUCGGAGACGAGCUGCUGGAGAUUAACAACCAGAUUCUUUAUGGGCGGAGUCACCAGAACGCAUCGGCCAUCAUUAAGAGCGCCGCCGCCAAGGUGAAACUCAUCCUGCUCAGAAGUGAAGAUGCUAUAAACCAGAUGGCCGUCCCUCCCUUCUCGACCCCCCCUCCUCCCCCCGUCGUCAGCCCCGUCAGCUCUGAGCUUGUCUGUCCCGCUCCUCUCAGUGACUCCGCCCCCACAGAUGGACCCCGCCCCCCUGACAGCCUGACGCUCCACCCCUCAUCAGACGUACCGGACGAGACGAGUGACGAAGCCGAGCAGAACAACAGGAACAGAAACAGGAGCAGCAACAGCAGCAGCAGCAGCAGCAGCGCCCCCAAGAGUCUGAGAGAGGCCGACACCUUCAGGAAGAGGCUGAAAGCUGCAGAGUGUCCUGAUAAUGAGCUGCAGGCUGUGAAGGCGCCGCAGGAGCAGCAGUCCUGCAGGUCUCACAGCAGCUCCUGUAACCAGACAGCAGUGUCUCCUCCUCUGAUCAGCCCAGAGCUGCAGACCACCAACAGAGACCCAUCAUGCUGUGCGGUGGUUCCUGGUCAGGAGACUGUGCUGGAGAUCUGUAAAGGUCGAUCAGGACUGGGACUCAGUAUAGUAGGAGGAAGAGACACACAGCUGGAUGCCAUAGUGAUCCAUGAGGUUUAUGAAGAAGGAGCUGCAGCCAGAGACGGACGACUGUGGGCUGGAGACCAGAUACUGGAGGUGAAUGGCGUGGACCUGCGUGGGGCGUCUCACGAGGAGGCCAUCGCCGCCCUGCGUCAGACGCCAGCGAAGGUUCGUCUGACGGUGCUGAGGGACGAGGCUCAGUACAGAGACGAGGAGAACCUGGACGUGUUUAAGGUGGAACUGCAGAAGAAGAGCGGCAGAGGGCUGGGACUGAGCAUCGUCGGCAAGAGGAGUGGCAGUGGUGUGUUCAUCUCUGAGGUGGUCAGAGGAGGCGCUGCUGAGGUGGACGGUCGUCUGAUGCAGGGAGAUCAGAUCCUGUCAGUCAACAGAGACGACACGAGACACGCCUCCCAGGAGACUGUCGCCGCCAUACUGAAGUGUGUUCGUGGUCCGGUCCAGUUGGAGCUCGGUCGACUCAAAGCUGCAUCCUGGAUCUCAUCCAGACACAACUCACAGGGAAGCCAGAUGAGUCAUGUGAGCGGGAACAGCUCAGGUGUUGUGGCUCCGCCCUCUGACCCCGUGACCUCUGUACCACUGGCUCUACCCUCCAGCGGCCCGCUGCCCCUCAACAACAACAACAGCAUGAAGUCAGCCAGUGACAUCACUUCCUCCUCUAACAGCACAGAUGCUGGCACCCGUACGGUGGAGAUCACGAGGGGUGUCAAUGACUCCCUCGGGGUGAGUAUAGCGGGGGGGAAGGGCAGCCCGCUGGGUGACAUCCCCAUCUUCAUCGCCAUGAUUCAGGCCAACGGAGUCGCUGCCAAAACACACCGACUGAAGGUGGGCGACAGGAUCGUCAGUAUUAACGGUCAGUCUGUGGACGGCCUGUCACACAGCGAGGUCGUCACCAUGCUGAAGAACAGCUACGGGAACAUCAGCCUGCAGGUGGUAGCAGACACCAACAUCAGCGCCAUCGCCACUCAGGUAGAGAGUUUGUCGAGCAGCUCCAGCCUGUCAGCCAACACUGACACACCGGCAGCAGAGCCAGAGGGUCCGCGGCCCCGCAGCAUCAGCCUGGAGAAAGGCUCUGAGGGUCUGGGCUUCAGCAUCGUCGGAGGAUUCGGCAGCCCACAUGGAGACCUGCCCAUCUACGUCAAGACCGUCUUCAGCAAGGGCGCGGCGGCGGUGGACGGGCGUCUGAAGCGAGGCGAUCAGAUCCUAACGGUGAACGGAGAGAGUCUGCAGGGAGUCACACACGAGCAGGCGGUCGCCAUCCUGAAGAAACAGAGAGGAACUGUCACACUGGACGUCCUGUCAUAACACACACACACACACACACACACACACACACACACACUUACCUGCAUGCAUAUACCUGCAAACACACACACAGAAGAUCACACACUUUGACUCUUGGGCGACAUCAUCAUCAUCAUCAUGAACUCUGAACUUCCCAACAUGCAAAAAAAGAAACGGCAUCAGAUGGUGUCCACACACACACGCACACACACGCACACGCACACGCACACACACACACACACACACACACACAGAUGUGACCACUUCACACUUUAAUUAAAACAGAGUUUCUCAACCUUCGGGUCGAGGCCACCUGUGGGGCCACCUGAUGGACGGAUGAGGUCAUCAGAAACAGAUCAAUAUUCUGAUGUUUAUUAAAUGUUUGCUGGUCCGAUUGUUUUCAUGUCUCAACAUCUAUCCAGCAUAUUUACAUGAAGUUAUCAGUUUCUCUUCCUGCUCCCCAGAAGAAUGUUUUUAAAAUCAUUUGGUGACUCUGACUGCCUGUUAGCAUGUUAGCAUGCUAAUGUUUGCUAAGUAGCACCAAACACAAAAAGGAAAAUGUCAUUAUUUAGUUUUGCUGGUUUUAAAACACUUAAACGAUGACCUGAUAAAACGUCACCAAAGUAUUUAGUCCCAUGAAAGAGAACCUGGUGCUUAUUGGCUGCUGUCUGUAACACUGAGUGACACAGUUCUUUCUUCAGAUGUAAAUUAUGUUGGUUUAGAUCUUCUGCUUUAAACUGAAAGUGCUUUGAGUGCUUUUGGUCAGACACAACAAAACAUUAGAAGACGUCCAGGAACUCUAAAAUAGACGUUACAGCAGCAUCAGCCUGUACUCGCUCAUCGCUACCAGCCACAAGAACUCAGAUCCUGAGAACUGAACAGAAACGUUAAAAGAACAACAACAAAACACCACAAUGUUAAAGAAAGUGAGAAAGUUUUUGCAUCCGUCUCUUUAUUUGAAUCUGCACCAAAAGUGAAUGUUGUGUGUUCUGGACUGAGACUCGUCCUCUGAGGUUGGUAGAAAUCUGUUCAGUAGUUUUUGUGUAAUCCUGCUGACAAACCAACAAAUUACCAACUGACACUGGUGAGAACAUUUAAUUGGCAGGUUGUUAGAUAAUGAAAGUAAGAUUAGUAAAUGUAUUACAGUUCAUCUUUUUGGGGAACAUGAAUCUCGAGUCAGUUUCAUGGAAAUCCAUCAAAGAGCUGUUGAGAUGUUUCAGUCUGACGCUCAAUAAUUAAAAGUCAUUAAAGACAGUCGUCAUCACUGGAACUCAUGGAUGGCAGCAAAAUGUCAAAUCCAUCAACACAUUUCUCUUAGUGCCAAAAACACAGAGACUGAACAUGAUGUCACACACACAGAAGGUUGAGAAACUCUGUCACCAAACCAACUUUGCUUCGAAAAUCAUCUGAAAAUAAAUCAAUAUGGAGUGACGUGAAAAUCCAGCCGGCACCCGAUAAUAGAUCUCUACAGUCUGUCGGCUUCUGAGGAACAACGGGGAGCUUUGUGUUCAUGGAUGAAAAGUUUCAUAAUCCAGAGGAAGAAAAGGGAAGCUUCGAUGAAAACUGAAUGUUAAGUUCUGGAACAACUGCUGCAAACGUUAGCUUAGCAUCCCCUUUGUUAGACUGAUUAGCUGUUAGCCACAGAGUAGCAGUUGUUAUAAAUGUGGAGACUGUAACACAAGUGAUCCUUCCAACCCUCGUCAGCAUUUUCAUUUGUCAUCACAGACAAGAAACAGCUGCCAGCAGAUACGAAGAUAAAAUAACGUUUCAUUUUCAAAUUGGCAGUAAUCAGUCCUGCGUCAUGUUAUCAACACAGAAACAUCUGUAGCUGAUUCAAUAUUGGUAUUCAGAGGCUCCCAUAUAAAACUGUGAAACUACCAGAGAGAUUGGAUCAUUUCUCAGGUUCGUCGUGUUCAGGUGUUUAUGUUGAACACUAAAAAAUCUGAGAAUAAUGUGAUUAAACCAAACUAAUGUAGAAUCAAACGUCCAGCUGAGAUUGAUCACACAGUCUGAGCUGGUUUCACCCUGAGAGGAUCGUCUCUCUAACCUGAGGACCAACAUGUCGACGCUGCGACUGUGUUCAAAACAUCCUCAGAAUAUCAAGUCAGAACCUGUUAAAACAGCCGACCGCAGCAUGUUGGUCUGUGACAGAGGAGUUCUCUCUGCAUCACAUUUAUAUUGGAUCAGAUGAAGUUCUUAAUAAUGUUAAAUAAUAAAGUGCCAUAUUCCUUCCUACAUAAAACAGAAUACACAAUGUUUCUUCCACUAAUGAAUCCAUAUGACACAUAAGAGAAACUAAUUUAAUGUUAAAUUCUCGUGUGUCUCCAUGGAGAUGACCCCCUAUCGCCCACGGCAACAGAUACAGUGUCUUCCACAUGAUGGUUUCCAUGGAGGGAGAAGUUAAGAGAUUUAGAGUAGUUAUAAAAGUCCAGAAGCAGACGAGAAUCAACAGACUGACAUUUGGUACGACUCUCUUGUUCUCCGUCCAAGUCAGAGAGACGUCAGACUCCAGGGUGUUUUUAGCCUAGCUUAGCACAAAGACUGGAAACAGAGGGAAACUGUUAGCAUAGCUCCUUCAACAGGACAGCUGGUGCUGGGUUUACAUGGAUCCUCUGUAGGUGCUCAGGAUGUUGUUUUACAUGAGAUGUGUUGUAGUCAGACGUCCUGCAGUCAGACGACAGUCAAGUGCAGAAUAAUCACAGUGUUUUAAUCACUUUUGUGCUUAAAUUAACGUUUUUUACAUGACAGAAAAUGUUCCAAUUAGCACAUAAAAUAACAUUUUUCAGUAAAGUUGGAUAUUAAGGACGCUGCACUGAUCCCAGAACCACAGAUGACUUUCAUGUUGACGGCCUGAAGUCAUUUUUGGAUUCAUCAGGCAAUUUGUCUUGUUAAAAAACUUCAUUAAUGGAUAAAUUAAAGUAAUAUUCAGGUGAAGAAAGAUAUUUAGUGUCACGAGGACUUUACAGACGAUGUGUGUCGUCACUGCUUUCAGCAGUUGUUGGAUGCUAACUGUUGCUAACAGCCUGUUGUCUCCUUUUUACAUCUCUAAUUAAUCGACUAUACAAGAUGCAUGUAAUUAACACGUGAAUCAGUCAGAUGUAGAGAUGAUUUCUUCCUCUCUGAUGGAGCUAGGCUAACAGUUCCCCCUGCUUCCAGUCUUUGUGCUAAGCUAAGUGAAACACACCUGGGACUUCUCUUUAGCUCCUUCAUCACAUCUGAGCUGCUCUUCUGAAGUUCUCAUUAACCAUCAGUAAACUUAAAACUGACAAACCCUGUAAUGUGUAAAUCUGAAGCGUAUGAUGAGGAUGAAUAAAUCUGUAUUCACUCAGUUCAUAAUGAACCAUCUGAUUCAGCUAACAGAUUAUCUUUAGACUCUCAUCGGCCAAACGUUUCAUAAUUUGAGGUACAUUUUCUUAAUUUUGCGAAAUGUGAUUUAAAAUCUUGAAGACUAAGUGUAAAUAUAAGAACAGCUUCUGCUUCCUGAUUCCAGGUCUGUAUUAUGAACUUAGCCUUCAACCGACUGUAACCCUCCAACUGAUCCCUGCGCUGUGGUCAUUUAUUUAACCUGGUUACCUGCCUGCAUCAGCAUCUAACCUCAGAUUAAAUUAGAUGUCACAAACGUGGCCUGUAGUUCAGAUGGAGAACCAGAGGACUCGUGUCAGCCUGUUGCCUUCUGUCUGAUAGCUGUGUUAGCAGAGCUGCUAACGUCUGGAACAGUUUAGUUCUGCUGAGAUGUUUGAUGUGUGACUGAACUCAUUAACAGCAGCAGUUUGUGUUGAUGUUAGAUGAGCUUCAGCAGGAUCCUGGAAAACAUAUCAAUCAAGUGCAAAAUACUUUAUGUUCAGCUUUGUUUCGUCACAAUGGAUGUCUUAAUUUUUGGUACUUUAUUUGUAGAUGUCUGAGUAGAUGAACUGUAAUUUAUUUUGUGAUCUCGCUGGAAAUUAACUCUGUAUUUUAUGUUAAUUAUUAUGUGUUGAUGUGUUUUGUGUCUGAAUCGUUGUCAGAAAUCACCAUGGAAACCCUGCAGCUUCGGUUUGCCUUCAUCAAAGACUCGACAGUCGAGUCCAUGUCAGAAACCAGCUGGGUUUGCACUUUAUUUUCCAUAAUUUCUUCAUGAUUUCCUCAGAUGUUAAGUGGAAAGAAUUCUGUUAUUUUUUGGUAUUUAUAGAGAAAAUAGAGAUAGAUCUCAGUUGAAUUUUUUUGUCAGAGCACAAUAAAUGAUUAAUGAAG